AAAAGAAGAGCAUAAAUAAGGAAAACAGCAUAGACAUCUUCCCAAGUUGGUGGAGUUGCAGACAAUAGUGUAUCUUUGAACUGAGAAGCAGCAAGCUGCAUUUAGAAACUAAGAUUUGUGUGUCAGGUUUUCGAAGACAGAAUUAUGUAUUACCACAACCAGCACCAAGGGAAAAGCAUCCUCUCUUCAUCGAGAAUGCCCAUUUCUUCUGAAAGGCAUCCCUUCCUUCGAGGAAAUGACACAGGAGAUUCUGGACUGAUCCUAUCAACCGAUGCGAAGCCACGACUAAAAUGGACUCCAGAUCUUCACGAGAGAUUCGUUGAAGCAGUGAACCAGCUUGGAGGAGGAGAUAAGGCUACUCCUAAGACAAUCAUGAAAGUCAUGGGUAUUCCAGGUCUUACUUUAUACCAUCUCAAGAGUCAUCUUCAGAAAUAUAGGCUGAGCAAAAAUCUUAAUGGACAAGCUAACAGCAGCUUAAACAAGACAAGUGUGAUGACCAUGGUAGAAGAAAACACACCUGAAGCAGACGAAAGCCACGGCGAGAGUUUAAGCAUUGGACCGCAGCCGAGCAUAAACUUGCCCAUAAGUGACGCACUUCAAAUGCAAAUAGAGGUUCAAAGAAGGCUACACGAGCAACUUGAGGUACAGCGACAUUUGCAGCUCAGGAUCGAAGCUCAAGGAAAAUACCUGCAAGCGAUUCUGCUGAAAGCACAAGAGACUCUUGGAAGACAGAACCUAGGACCAGAAGCAACUAAAGCUCAACUCUCAGAGCUAGUAUCUAAAGCAUCAGCCGAAUAUCCAGACACUAGCUUCCUAGAACCUAAACAAGUGCAGACUCUAGGCCAUCAACAGAUGCAAACAACCUAUCCACAAAACUCCUCUCUGGAAAGUUGCUUAACCUCAAGUGAAGGAGCCCUUAAACCCCCAAAGAUGCUCGAGAACGGACUAGGAUUAAGAACAUACAUUGGAGAUUCAACUUCAGAGCAGAAAGAGAUAAUGGAAGAACCGUUCUUCCAAAGAAUGGAGCUCACAUGGGGAGAAGAAGAAGGCCAUAACAGGUCAUAUCUUUCCACAAUAGGCCAUAACAACAACGCAGAACAGAGAACAUUGUCUUCAAGAAGAAGAAGCCCUGGAAGAUUGUCAAUAGGAGUGGGAUUACAUGAACAAAACAGAGGAGGAGGGAGUGGCAACAGUGGUUACACUGAGGAAAGAUUCAACGAGAAUGGCGAAGAUUGCAAGCUUGAAACACGCACCAGAACUGCGCUAGAUCUUAACACACAUGACGACAACUACGGCACAACGCGUCCUAAACAGUUUGAUUUGAAUGGUUUUAGCUGGAAUUGAGAAGCCAAAAAGAUUGCACCAACCUUUUUGGUUAAUUCGUCUUGAGAUUUAAUUAUUAGUCGAACCAAAGAGACAUCUCUUGCAAGAUGUACACCACUAUUUGCGUAGUUACUUAUCGCAUAUAAUACAGAUUGAUUUAUUUACGUAACAA